GGCUCGCUAAUGGUGGACGCGUGAGGCGGCGGCGCGGGCGGCGGAGGGAGGCCGGGCGGGCGGUGGCGCCAUGUCCGUGAACAUGGACGAGCUCAAGCACCAGGUCAUGAUCAACCAGUUCGUGCUGACGGCGGGCUGCGCGGCCGACCAGGCGAAGCAGCUGCUGCAGGCGGCUCACUGGCAGUUCGAGACGGCCCUCAGCGCCUUUUUCCAGGAGACCAACAUCCCUUACAGCCACCACCACCACCAAAUGAUGUGCACUCCUGCCAACACCCCCGCCACACCCCCCAACUUCCCUGAUGCCCUCACCAUGUUCUCCCGUCUCAAGGCCUCCGAGAGCUUUCACGGUGGCGGCAGUGGCAGCCCGAUGGCCACGACAGCCACAUCGCCCCCGCUGCACUUCCCCCAUGCUGCCACCGGCAGCUUCGCGUCACCCAGCUGGCCAACUGCAGCCUCGCCCCCGGGGGGCCCACAGCACUACCAGCCGCAGCCGCCCCUGUGGACUCCGGCACCUCCGUCCCCGGCUUCAGACUGGCCGCCCUUGGCUUCCCAACAGGCCACUUCCGAACCAAGGGCCCACCCUGCCAUGGAGGCAGAGAGAUAAGAGAGGCCCCUCCCCCCUCCCGGAGGCCAGGACCCUGUGGGGCGGGGGAGAGGAUGUCUCCACAGGCCCCCUUCACCCCUUCUCUGUCUGCACCCCCAUUCCCUGAAGCCCUGGAGGGGAGAGACCGGACUCUAGCUGGGCGGAGAUACCCUUGUGCUGUAAGCACAGCUGCACGUGAGAGCUCAUGCAAGCACAGGCACGUGGCGCCCACCUCAUGUGGACCCGGUGCCCAGUGGCUUGGGUGCCCAGUGGACAGAACUUCAGAAAGCAAGCCUUCCCAGGAGGACUCACCACCCUGCCCCAGCCCAGGGGGGUGCUGCGGAUAAUCACAGGUGGAGAUGGUGCGACUCCUGAUUUGGAGCUCCCUGGAGGCCAGCAGGCCUAGAUCCCCACCCUUGGGAAUGCAGAGCCUUCUCCGCAUGUGUUCGCAUAGCUAUGUCUGUAUUUAUACGUGUGUCACUCUUCAAAAAGCAACCUAGUUAAUGGGGCAGCUGGACUUUGCAUGUUAGAGUGAGCCCCGAGCCCCUUGCCCGCCGCCCCUCUCCCCAGGGCCCUGCCUCUACCCUAUCCCCAUGUUAGCCAGCAUCGCUGUUCCCUGCAGAGAAUAGGAUUAUGGGAAACUCCAGGACUCUUCCCACCCACCCCCCAGCGCCUGCCUGCUGGGGCUGCCUGCAUGCCUGCCCCAGAGCCCAGGGUAUCCAAUACCCACUGCCUUUUCCCCUUUUGACAAAAAAGAAGAAAUUCCAAACCACCA